AUGGAUAGGGUCGAGGAAACAACAUCUCCGCCCUUCAAUGUAGCUCAAUAUUUAGAUUUAAAUUUGGAAAUUGCUCAUGCUAAUAUCAUCACCAGCAUUCAUGACCUGUGCUUCGCGACGUUCCCGCUCCCGGACAACAGCGCCAAGCAGGCGACCGGGAACUGGACCGGCGCCUACCCGGGUCGCCUCGGCGACACAGCUUCGUUCAGCUGCAACACCUGGUACAUCUUCAGCAACGGGGCGGGCACCGUGCACACGAAGUACUGCGACUUCGGCAACACGUGGACCGAUAUGUCUGGGAUGAACUCGAAAUGCGUCGAUCAAUUCCUCACCUCUCUGGGCCCGCUGCAACUGGAUCAGGUGAACCAGAACUGGAAUCAGUACGUGACAAAGGACACGAAACCCUGGUGGAGGUACCAUAUGGGCGAUGAACGGACUGUCACUGGCAUCUACGUCAGAUUUAACGUGGAUUUCUACGAAUGUCACAGCGCAAACAACCUGGAGGUGCGAGUUGGAUACACGGACUGGACCCCCGAGAACACGAACUGGCUGCAAUCCAACGCCCUCUGCACGACUUUCGCCGGAGCCAACUGCCUUGACGACUGCACCCAGUACAUGACGCUCAACUGCAAGGCCCCGCUGAAGGGGAGGAUCUUGUCCAUCCAGAAGGUGGAUGUCGCAGGGUAUAUCUAUUCGACGUGGGACACGUCCAUUCCCUGCGAGUGGAAUUCGGGCGGGUUCCCCUCCGAUCUCCCGCUCAUGCACAUCUGGAUCCUCUUCGGCUGAAUACGGACAAGCGACUUCUGCCUUUCCCCUGGGAGAAUUCCAUCAUGGACCGAUUUCUCGACUUCCCCCUGGUUACGAAUAAGAAAUAGAAGGUUACAUUUCGGAUUCGGUUGAUUCUAUUGCGGCGGCGAAGGUCAGUCGAAUCUCACCAUGAGUUGCAAGAAUUCGAAAAGUAGCAAUUAUCAUCCACUAAACCUAAACUGAAUCGUGCAUCGCAAUUCGAUCGUUCCAUUUUUUUUUCACUUAAAUCAUUACGUAUUCUGCAAAUCAAGACAAAUCGGCCGUUAUGGGAGGAAUCCCAGGGAGAACAUUUUCGACUCACGGACUCGGAUUUCUUUCGUUUCUCGGGGUGCUCGAGGUCUCCAACAACAAUGGGUGCUUGUAACACCUUUCCAACGGACCGGGAACACCAUUGGGGUGUACGGGCCUCGAGCACCUCCAACUUCUUUGGGGAAUGGGGUAUCUCAUCAAUAAAACGUAUCAAAAAA